UUUGGUGGAAAUACUCGUACGAGUAUUUUGCAGCAAUAACAACAGAAGCAACGUUCACAAGUGUUAUUUAUGAAUAUGAACGAGUUAUAUAUGUAUGUAUGUCUGGGACACGUGGAUACAUUCUGUGUGCACUCUGUUUCGAUCGGUGCAAUGUUUAUUGUUGCCAUGUUGCCAUGCUGCCACUCGGCCAAUAUCAAUAUUUGAUAUUCCUCGGCAAUAUUGAUAAAGAUACGAGUAUCUUUAUCUGCUUAGUGUUGACCACGGCCCAAAGAACACGGCCAUAUCUAUAAAGUUUCUUUACGUAACCUCCAGUUGAAGAUGAUCCUGCAGCAAUCAUGUCCAACUCUACUGCUCUUCCUGAUCACUCAGGGGGACUUAAUCGGAAGCGUGGAACUAACCCAUAUUAUAGACACGCUGAACGAUCAUCUGCGCAUCUCCACGAACAUUUUAUACUGCAACGAGCGCUCUAAGCUGAUUAAUUACGAGUCCGAAUACCUGCGGCAAGCGGAGAUCACACGUCUGAUCUACACCUCAGCGGCGGCCAUCAACUCAUCCCAUCUACAGCUUCACAUAGGACACGGCAGCCAGCUGUUUAUUGUGUUCACCACUGAGCCACCAUACGAUCUAUUUCCUGUGCUCGAUCUACACUUUCAGAAUGCCGACUUUCUGAUCGUAAUAGACAAAUCGAUUGAUCUGGACACGUGGCUGGCCUACGUGCAAUACGCCUUUGAGCUGGGCUAUGUCCGGCUGUUGCUUUACACCACCCCCAAUGGUGCAGUCUAUGGGAAAAUGCUGUUUCCCGUUGUUCGGAUAGUCCCAGCCACUGUGGAGCAGUACCUGCACAUGAGGGACACCCUCAAGGAUCUGCACGGCUAUCCGGUCCGCGUGGCUGCCUAUAAGAAUGUGCCGCGCAGCUUCAUGUACCUGAAUUCUUGGGGCAGGAUGAUCUACGCGGGCUUCUACAUGCGGUUCGUGCGCGCCUUUCUGCACUCACGGAAUGCCACCUUCGUGCCCGUACACACGCCCAACGAUUCGCCGGGCAACUGUACCCUCGCGCUGAAAAACGAAUCGGUCGACCUGUGCGCCGAUUCUCUGGCAGCCAAUCAGGAAAUGUUCAGCCUCACGUAUGGCUUUCGGAUAGCCUAUGCCAAUGUGAUGGUGGCCCACGCAAAGCCUCUGCUCUCGUACCGCUACUUGGAGGCGCCGUUCCAGAACAGUGUCUGGAUGUGCCUGGUGAUCUAUGUUCUGCUGAUCGUGAGUUUCCUCAGCUGCAUACACUGGCAGCAGCACGGCCGAUGGGACUUUAGCAAGUAUCUGCUGGAGGUGUUCAGUUCGCUGCUCUUCAGCGGCUUCAAUCUGCGCUCGAUACGGGGACGAGAGCGCUAUAUACUCUUUGGAGUGAUCUUCAUGACCGGCUUUGUGUACUCCACCAUGUACCUGGGCCUGCUGAAGAGCAUGCUCAUUUCGGAAGUGUUCGAGCCACAGAUCAACACCUUCGAGCAGCUGGUGGCGAGUAACAUCACCCUGCUGGUGGACCCGUACGAUCGCAUUCUGUUCGCCAAGUACAAUAUGCCGGAGGUGCUGUGGUCCGUUGUCCAGACGGUGUCGUUUGAAACGUUGCUGCACCAUCGAAAUCGCUUCGACCAAAGCUACGCCUACGUCCUCUUCACAGAUCGAAUGGCACUGUACGAAACGGCACAGCUAUUUCUGCGGCAUCCGCGUCUCCGUCGGAUCCCCAUUAACUUUGCAUUCCUCUUCACCGGCAUUCCCAUGCGCAAGAAAUGGUUCCUCAAGGAGCAUCUGAGCCGCGCGUGGUACCAUUCGUUUGAGAGCGGACUUACGCGGAAACUGGCGGUGGAGGCCAACAACGAGGCGAUGAGCGUGGGCCACUUGCAUUACCUCAUCACGGAGCACAUGGAGGCGAAGCCGCUGGAUUUGGAUUAUUUCGUUAUGCCAACAAUCGCCCUGCUCCUGGGCUGUGGCCUGGCCAUCAUCAGUUUUGUCAUCGAGUUGACGGCCUGGCGCAUGUGCGGCUCCCGAGUGCGCAGAUGUUGAAGAUGGUGGCAGAGAGGCCUUCUACUACUUUUCCAUGGCGUGAUGUUGAUUGAUUGAUUGAUGCACUCUUGUUGUUGUUACUGUUACUGUUACUGUUGUUGUUGUUUCAGCUCAUUCUCGUUGGUUAAGCACAGCAUUUAUGUAAUUUCUUAUGUAUUUCUUG